AUCAUUUAACGUCGUCAUUAUUUCUAAUUUUUUUGUUCGUAAUUUCAAGUAUGGUAAGACAUAUUAUUAUGCUAGCUAUAUGUAUUAUGUUUUAUAUUAUUGGAAAUGCAAUGGCACUUACGCCAGCGGAACGUAAAGCACAAUUUCAAUGUGUGCUUAGAUGCUAUAGGCAAUUUUAUAACUAUGGACUUCUGAUGAGAAAUACUGGAGAGCUCGGGCUUUCAAUUGGUAGACGAGAAAGCUUUGAUGCUUUAUUGGAGAGAUUCUAUCGAGUACUUACCGAAGAGUUUGAUGUGAAUAUGGAAACUGUAAUGAACGAAAUCAAUGAAGCUUAUGCAUCUGAUGAGGAUUACCGAAUAUUUAAAUCAAAAUUCUGUAAGUAUACACUUCUAAUGAUUCAUAGGUUUUUAUUUAAAGUUUAUGUAAUGAAUACUUUGCUUUUUAUGACUAAAUAUAUUACCUUAGAGAAUACAAAUAUAGAUAUGCAUUACUUAUAUAGGCAAAUAUGUAUCGAUGAUAAUCGGCCAUCACAGAGUAAAUUUAUAAUAGAAAUAUUAUAUUAUUUUAUUCAACACUUCGAAGAUAACUUUAUACAAUGUAUAUAAUUAUAACUCAGCUUCUGGGGAAAGAAUGCUAACUCACCAUGACAUAAUAUAAAACAAAUUGUAUUAUUAUUGUAUUUCUUAGAAAAAUAACAAUCAUAAGUACUGUUAAUUAUAGAAUUAAAAAGGGUGUAGGUAAAAGAAAUUACAUCUUUAAAAAAGUAUUAUAUACAAAAUUUAUUUAAAAAAAAUAUUUGUUUACCGAAAUUAUAUGCGGUUGUGAAAAAGUCAAUGUUGAGUUUCGUGGCUAAUGUCUUAUAUCCUAAUCAUAUUAUGUUUAUAUAAGGCCAGAAUAUUAUUCAUCAUAUUUUUGAGACAUUUGGUGGCCAUUGUUAUUUUGACAUAUUAUGCAUUGAGUUUGAUUUGAAUAUUGAUAAGUUAUUUAAAAUUGAGAUAAUUUUAAAUUUAAAUAAUAUUAUAUAUUUGUAUGUUGGUAUUGCGUUCCUACACAAGUGAUUAUAUUAAAAUAGAA